AUGGAAGCCAAGUCUAUCUUCGUGCAGAUCAUGCGGUCGAUUCCCUCCAAUAGCAACGUGGCACGACGGCCGCUGCGUCUCGAAAGGAUUGCGGAUGCGGCGGCUACGAGCCGCAAUGACGCAGUCAUGGUGCGUAAAGGCAUUCGGGCGAUGGAGCUGCUCUCCCAGUUGCAGGAGCUCAGGGUCAUCGACAAGAGCGACCAUUUUGGCCUACUGCGCGACGAGGUAGAGCAGGAGUUGCAGCAUCUCGGCUCCCUCAAGGAUGCUGUCAUCAAGGAGACGGAGAAGCUUGAUGAGGUUUACAAGACUAUCCGCGAUCAUAACACAUAUCUCGUCGGGCAGUUGGAGACGUACAAGAGCUACCUGCACAACGUGCGGUCGCAGAGUGAGGGCACCAAGCGGAAGCAGCAAAAGCAACAGGUGCUAGGUCCCUACAAAUUCACGCACCAACAGCUCGAGAAGGAGGGCGUGAUCCAGAAGAGUAACGUUCCCGACAACAGGCGGGCCAACAUUUACUUCAACUUUACGAGCCCGCUGCCGGGCACCUUUGUCAUCUCACUGCACUACAAGGGGCGCAACCGAGGCCUCCUUGAACUCGAUCUCAAGUUGGACGAUCUUCUCGAGAUGCAAAAGGACAACCAGGACGACCUUGACCUGGAAUACGUACAAUUCAACGUGCCCAAGGUGUUGGCGCUUUUGAACAAGCGCUUCGCGCGGAAAAAGGGAUGGUAGACUAUCUUUGAGACGACCUGCAGCUUGUACUGUUGCUACAGGAGAUACCCCCCCUCGAAUGACUUGGCUUUGGCGUUUUCGGCGUCUUUUAUACCCUCGAGGCCGUGCGUCGCAAGUCUGAGGGCUUGUCUGACCAGGCUUGGAUCGAGGCGUCCGCCGCCAAGCGAUCGUAGCGACGCACUCGUCUUGUUUCUUUUUCCGACUGUUCCUGCAAUGCGAGUCGUUUCUUUGCGCUUAUAUACCUGUCACGUAUCCCCUAAUUCUAACGUCCCUUGUUUUACGGCUUGGCAUGCGCGUGGCGGGCGGUGUGUUCAAAGUUUGGGGCUCGGCUGGUCCGCAGGAUCUUUUUGACUUUGGGGUGGAUGAUUGAGUGCUUUGCUAGCGAGGCGAGAGCGGGCAGGCACCAGUCGAUCACAGAGACGAAGCACAGGGGAACACAUGAUCGGUGAUCAGAGGGCUCGACAUGUUGGACGCGGCAGCUCAUACUUUCUUGGUUGUGUUAAUAGUGGAUAAUAUUGGCUUUAUUUCUUGUCCACUCCAGGAACUGGACUGAACGGAUUUGCAGUGUUUUGAAAGCAGAAAAUUUGACUUGAUUUGGC